UUCACCACCACCACCAUGUCUCAGAACCAGUCAGCUCAGACCACUGACUUGUUCAGCCAAGAUGUUUUCAACCAGCUUUUUGAUAUGCUGGACCAAUCUUCAAUUCACUCAGUUCAGCCCAUUGAGCUCAACUUCACUGACAGUCUCAGAGAUGGGUCUGCAGGAAACACCAUCCAGAUCAGCAUGGACUGCAUAACCAUGCAUGACCCAGACGACACACUCUCCAGGCCAAUAUGGUCACAGUAUACAAACCUGGGGCUCCUGAACAGUAUGGAUCAGAGUAUGCAAAACGGCGGUUCAACCUCAACCAGCCCCUACAACAACGACCACGCACAGAACAAUGUGACAGCACCGUCACCCUACGCCCAGCCCAGCUCCACCUUCGAUGCCCUGUCUCCCUCACCGGCCAUCCCAUCAAAUACAGAUUACGCAGGGCCGCACACCUUUGACGUGUCCUUCCAGCAGUCCAGCACAGCCAAAUCUGCCACAUGGACGUACUCAACAGAACUGAAAAAACUGUACUGCCAAAUAGCAAAGACGUGUCCCAUUCAGAUCAAAGUCCUGACCACCCCUCCGCAGGGCGCUGUCAUCAGAGCCAUGCCCAUCUACAAGAAAGCGGAACAUGUGACUGAAGUGGUGAAACGCUGCCCGAACCAUGAGCUCAGCCGUGAGUUCAAUGAUGGUCAGAUAGCUCCUCCAAGCCAUUUGAUCCGUGUGGAGGGAAACAGCCACGCCCAGUAUGUGGAGGACUCCAUCACCGGACGUCAAAGUGUACUCGUCCCAUAUGAACCUCCACAGGUGGGCACAGAAUUCACAACCAUUUUGUACAACUUUAUGUGCAACUCCAGCUGUGUGGGUGGGAUGAACAGACGCCCGAUCGUCAUCAUUGUCACGCUGGAAACCAGAGAUGGUCAGGUUUUAGGCCGCCGGUGCUUCGAGGCUCGGAUCUGCGCUUGUCCAGGCCGAGACCGAAAGGCGGAUGAGGACAGCAUCCGUAAACAGCACGUAACAGACGCUACAAAGAGCAGUGAUGGUACGAAACGCCCUUUUCGCCAGGUUUCUCAUGGCAUCCAGGUGUCCUCCAUCAAGAAGAGACGGUCGACAGAUGAGGAGGUUUUCUGUUUGCCUAUCAAAGGUCGUGAAAUUUAUGAGAUUUUGGUGAAGAUCAAAGAGUCUCUGGAACUCAUGCAGUUUCUGCCACAGCACACUAUUGAGUCCUACCGACAGCAGCAGCAGAACCUCCUUCAGAAACAGACCCCGAUGCAGUCUCAGCCCUCCUUUGGCUCCAGCUCUCCAACUCACGGGAAAGUCAACAAGCUGCCCUCUGUCAGCCAGCUCAUCAACCCCCAGCAGCGUAACACGCUCACCCCGUCCAGCAUGUCUGGAGGCCUUACUGACAUGACUCCCAUGAUGGGCACGCACAUCCCCAUGAGCGCUGACAUGAGCUCACUGAGCCCCACACUGCAGCCCCAGCUCCCCCUGGUGCCUUCCUCCCACUGUACUCCCCCUCCUCCAUACCCCAUGGACAGCAGCAUCUCCAGCUUCCUUAUUCGGCUGGGCUGCGCAGGCUGCCUGGACUACUUCACAGCACAGGGUCUAACCAACAUCUACCAGAUUGAAAACUAUAACAUGGAGGACUUGUCCAGGCUCAAGAUCCCCGCUGAGUUCCAGCACAUCAUCUGGAAGGGCAUCAUGGAGCACAGACAGGCCAUGGAUUUUUCCCCUCCUCCCCACAUCGUGCGCACAACCAGCGGGGCCUCCACCGUCAGUGUGGGCGCCGCCGAGGCCCGAGGCGAGCGCGUCAUCGAUGCUGUGCGCUUCACUCUGCGCCAGACCAUCUCUUUCCCACCUCGUGAUGAGUGGUCCGACUUCUCCUUUGACCUGGAUUCUCGUCGCAACAAACAGCAGCGAAUCAAGGAAGAAGGGGAGUAAGAUGACCUUUGAUCUCCGGUCAACAUUUCCAUUUCCCCAUUGACACCCGCCACUGGAACAUUUCAUUUGGAAACCCUCACCUAAAGAGACCGUCAGUCACAUUCAAGCAGAAAUGCACUUAUUUUCAUUAGUGUUCUGACUCUCGCCUCGUGGAGAAAUCAUGGUGUUUAUUGAGUAACGGUGCAUUUGUAUUAUGUUCAAGUUUCUUGAGAGCACUUAAGAAAUGUUCACGAUUUCGGGUUGACUUUUAAUAUCUUUCAAUUCAUUCCUAACAAUAUUUGCAUUAUAGGUCUGAUACAGGUUAUUAAGACGAGUACUUUUGGUUGAACCUCACAUUUUCAUUUGUACCUGUACACUGAUUGCUGGCUUUAUGUGGGAAAUAUUCACAAUGAUUUGAAGUACUGAGCAGAGUUUUCCUUCUGUAUUUUACUUUUUGAUAUCGGGACAGACGUGAAGAAUGUGGGAUUAACUGCUGUCGAACGUCUACUAGUCACACGGUGACUGACUUGUAGCCACUGGUAACACCGAAUUCCAAUGAUCAAAUGACUACCAUGACUGAUGCUCUUGUGUUCUUAUUGUCUUAAUGAUGUGCAAUUGUUGUUUUUUUCUGGUGUUUUGUAUAGCUUGGCAAGUUUUGAUACUUAAUACAAGUAUUUUUAAUUCAUGAACCACAUUUUCAAAGAGGAACAUUUUGUUGUUGAAAGGCAGAGAAAACCUGUGUUUGACAAUUUACAUCAAAUUUGUCCUUCAAAAUAAAAAGAUUUCUAUGUUGGGAGGGGAAAAAAUGUUUUAUGUCUUCAAAUACACUGUGCAGGGCAGUGGGACCCAGAGUAGGAUCAUCCCAGCUCACCCAAGAACUUCAGUAGCCUUGCACCACCCUUGGGGAGCCUGAUGUAUUAAUCCCACCCCCCCACACACAGUCAACAAGGGACAAAGCUACUGGGAAACAAGCCUUCAUUUGUAGGUCAUCCAGACAGAUACCAGCCCUGACACGGGCCAAACUGUGUCUAGGCUGGGGCGAUGCGCAAUUGUUAUUCUGGUGCUUAAAGCUCACUAAUUUUUGAUACCCAUUCCAAGUAUUUUUAAUUCAUGAACCACAUUUUGAGAGGAACGUUUCAUCAGUGAAAGGCAGAGAAAAUCUGAGGUGAAAAUAUGGGUAUUUUCUCCGUCAAGAUGAAAAAUCUGUAAGAAAAUAUAUAUAUAUAUAUAUAUUUCAUGCUUAAUGGCAAUAAAGUGACUCAUCAUUACAAUGAACUGUUAUAAGGGCAAGUGGACUGUAUUCCAUGUUUUUGUAUUAUGUAUUGUAAAUAUGUUGCAAUAUACCAAGGGUACUUUGAUAUGGCGCAAAUGAAAAAUAAAUAUCCAUACAUAUGGUUUUGCAUGUUAA